AUGUACAUUUCACUCACCCCAGGUCACACGCCUCUAAUGGGAUAUAUGAUGGAGGGAGUAAUGUUGUAUAACGGGAAGCAAAGAUUUCAACCAAUUAUUCCUAACCGUAUUCCUUUAAGCAGCAGGAGGACUGGAAUAAAUUCUUAG